AUGUGCUCUGCUCGCAAGACCAGGGCCAACGUCAAUCAAGACAACGGAGAGAUGCCCAGUUGGACCGCGGAGCUGCCGAACGAGCUCCUAUACUGUUGUAGUAAGGAGAGAGACAGAAACAAUCAGAUGGUUUCAUUGCGCUGUUUUUCGGCCACAAGACAUGGCUUCUCGCAUCACUCACUGCGUUCUCGAAUUAGCGCGGCUCUGCCUGCUCGCCGGGAUAGAGCCGACCGAAAAGGCUUGGCCACCUUCAUCUCGCCCUCAGCGGCAGGUGGGUUUCAACUGCUGGGCGACACAGGGUCUUGGUGUUUCUUUCAGCGUUUCUGCAGAAUUCGCCGCACAGCUGAGCUGCUGUGUCGAUGA